AUCUAUAAAAAGAGCAUGGCUAUCCAUUUCAAAUCCAUAACCUCUCUCCUAUCAAAUCAUCAAGCCACUACUAUACUCAUGUUCCUACUUCUUCUCUUCCUUUUGUCCCCAAUCGCCUCAUCCGCCGAUCUCUGUCACCCUGAUGACAAAGCUGCAAUUCUCAAAUUCAAAAAAAACUUACCAUUGUGGAACUCAGAUGGCGAUUGUUGUGACAUAUUUGAUUGUGACCAAACCACACAUCGUGUCAUACGCUUUGUUCUCACCCACUCUAACCUCGCAGGCACAAUCCCAGAUUCCAUUGGUGAUUUGACAUAUUUAAACACAGUUCUAAUUACCAAGAUGCCGUUUCUUGUUGGUGAAAUCCCACAAAGUGUGACAAAACUGAAAUAUGUCGACUCUUUUGAAAUCAGUUGGACCAACGUCUCCGGCAACGUGCCUCCGUUUCUUUCAGAGCUCAAAAAUGUAUGGAUUCUUAAUCUUUCGUAUAACAAUUUAUCAGGUCUAAUCCCAUCGUCUCUAGCCACUCUCCCACAUCUGAUCAGACUAGACCUGAGUCGUAAUAGACUCACCGGGUCAAUUCCUGAGUCAUUCGGUCAUCUUGUAUCUCCAAACUCGCAGGGAUCACUAUCAUUGAUUUUAUCUUAUAACAUGCUCUUUGGUGAGAUACCUAAAUCUGUUGGAAACACGAACUUCAACCAGUUUGAUGUAUCAAGAAACAACUUGUCAGGAGAUGCUUCGAUGUUGUUUGGUGCAUUGAAAAAUACGUGGGUUCUUGAUAUCUCGAGAAACAAUUUCGAGUUUGAUUUAUCAUCAGUGAGUUUCAUGACCCACGGGUUGUCGUAUUUGGAUUUAUCACAUAACAAGAUAUAUGGGAAGAUAUCGUCUCAAAUAAUGGAAGCUAUUGAUUUACAGUAUGUGAAUGUGAGUUACAAUAGAUUAUGUGGGAAGAUUCCUUCGCCAUGGAAACUUAAAUAUGAAGGACUGGAUAACACUUCGUUCUUGCAUAAUCGAUGUUUGUGUGGAUCACCACUCGCUCCAUGCAAAUGAUUACAUGAAAAAAACACGUGUCGAAAUUUGUUGUGUAUUUCUUUAUUUUUGUUUUUGUCAAAUUUUCAAGUCGGCAGAAUAUAUGUAGUUACGUACACAUUAUUUUAAAUAGUUUAAUUAUUUCAAAAUUUAUUAGGGAGA